AUGUAUCGUGUUAUUGAAAAAUUAAAAGAAAUGUUUGAGCUGGUGAUCAUUAAUAUAGAUGACUUAAGUAUUGAAGAUGAGAAGGAUGCAUUUGAUGAUGAUGAAGAGCCAACUAAUGAAGAACAAAUUAUACUAAAUGAUUCUAUUAAUACUACAGACUUACUAAGUGAAGUUAAAGCAAAAAUAUACACAAUAUUUUGUUAUUAUUAUUCUAACCCAGUACCUCAUGGAUUAGUAUCUGCACUAUUAGAUCCUCGACUUAAAUCUUUAGAUUUUGUUAAGUUUACAAAUAAAUUGGCAGCUGAAAGAAUUCUUAGAAACUUAUAUGAUAAUGAAAAACUAUUAGAAAAUGAAGAAAAUCUAAGUGAAUACGAAAAUCAAAAUUCAAACAAUGCUAACAAAAUGGAUGAUUGUACUUCUAGCGAUGAUUUUCUAUAUACUUCUUGUUUACUAAAAUCAUUAGAAAAGGACGAUUCUCAAGUAACAAAUGAAAUUAAAAAAUAUUUCAGAAUUCUGGAAAUUAGUUUGAGAAAAGAUCCUUUAA